UCCAUCUCGUGAAAUCAUGGCGACGGCAGCAAAAGUAUCGAAAACAGACGGCAAAAACAACCACGAAAACGCAGAUGAACAAGCAGACAAAGAACAACAGGAGGCGAUUGAGCAGAUUGAUGAAGUACAGAACGAGAUUGACCGGUUAAAUGAACAGGCCAGCGAAGAGAUACUCAAAGUGGAACAGAAAUACAACAAGUCUCGACAACCAUUUUUUCAGAAACGCUCUGAAUUGAUCGGAAAGAUACCUAACUUCUGGGUAACAGCUUUCGUUAACCAUCCUCAAGUGUCAGCGUUGCUAAAUGAAGAGGAUGAGGAGGCCUUGCAGUAUUUGACCAAAGUGGAGGUUGAAGAAUUUGAGGACAUCAAAUCUGGAUACAGAAUAAACUUUACAUUUGAAAGCAACCCCUAUUUUGAGAAUGACGCCAUAUCUAAAGAGUUCCACCUCAAUGACACAGGAGAGCCAUCCUCAAAGUCGACACCUAUCAAGUGGAAACAGGGCAAGGAUCUCACACAUAAAACGCUAACACCGAGUAAAGGAGGGAGGAAGAGGAACCAUGAGGAACAGGAAUCGUUCUUCUGCUGGUUCACUGAUCAUGGAGACGCUGGCGCUGAUGAACUAGGGGAGGUCAUCAAAGACGACAUUUGGCCAAACCCUCUACAAUACUAUUUGGCUUCAGAAAUAGAAGAGGAGGGUGCUGGAGAAGAUGAGGAUUUAGAUGAGGAAGGACUCGAUGACGAGGAUGCGGAAAAUGAGGAGGAGGAUUUAGAAGGAGAAGAGGAUGAAGAGGAAGGUGACGAGGGUGAAGGGGAAGAAGACGAGGGGUAGACUCUUAACCUUCCACAUUUCAUGGAUCAUCUCAGUCAUUCUACCCAGUAGUCAGCCAUUACUAUGUUGCCAUAGCAACACUGAACCAAGGAGCCACAUUGAAAAAGGUGUCAUCAUUCAGACUUGAUUACAUAGUGUCUUAAGAUAUGUCCAUUUUCAUGUAAUGAUCAUAUUUAUUUUUUAUUUUGAAAUUAUUUUUCCCCUUUUUUUUUUUUUUUUUUUCCUUUUUUUUUUCUUUUUUGUCAUCCAUUUUUUUCUCCCCCACAUUCCUAAUCAGGAUGGACUCUUUCACACUUCUACUCAACAUGAAUAUUCAUGAGGCACCUGUGUUUGGGUAGAGGUUGAGAUCAACCAGUGGUGACACUGCCCUUAGCUAGAGUGUUGUGUGUACAAUUCAAAACAAAGUCGCAUUGUUCUGGUGGGUUGGGGGACACCAGUGAAACCAGGGGAAUAUCGGGAUGUGGGUUAAGGUACUGAGGGCGGGGAGGGAAGGGUAUGGUCACAUCAUUUCUUGUACAACGUACAUUGCAGUUGAAUAUGUUAAAUGUUAAAUAUGUAUAAAUUUUUUACUGAUAUUUCCUAGGUACUGAUAGGGUGUCCUGAAGUAUAUGGCAGUUUGUGGUGUCUCUCAUUGCUGAAUGGCCUUUGCUCUUCUUGAGUCAGCCAUUUUGCUGUAGUAUUUUACUGCUGUUUCAUAUGAUAAGAUUUUUCUGUUCGAUCUUAAAUUCACUGGUGAACAUUUGAUUUCUCUAUUGCUAAGAUUGCAGAUACACAGCUUAAUGUCAACUUGAAUGAACAGAAGCUGCAUGUGGUAUCUGUUUGGAACGUGCAGUUUUAAGGCAGAAAGAAAUAUUAAUAAUUUUAAAAUCGGAUUGUAAAUGUCAAAAUUGUGCUCCUAUAGGGCAAGCUCAAGGUUAGUUGAAAAUUUACAAGGGAAAGGCCAUCUUUAUGGGUACAGGAUUGGAGAAAAACAGUCCAGUCCACAACAGUGACAAGAAAUUGGAUUAUUUUGCCACUAAGGUAAUUUUGUGAGCAACAGAUGAUCAUGCCUGUAAAUAGCCACCUUAAAAAAAGCUUUUGUCUUUCUAGGCAUUUAAUUUUUCUCUGCCAUGUACUGGUAUUGAUAUUUGCUUUUCAGAAUGUUUCCACAGUGGCAUUUAUAUAUAAGAUAUUUGGCAGCUCAAAGCAAGAAAAAAAUCGUUAAAAUUGGGCAGAAGUUUAGCUGGUCUUGCGAUAAUGCUAAUUAUUUAGUACAAUUCAGGGGAAUAUCAGAAAUGUUAUGAUUGUGACGUGACUCUCCAAUCAAAUAGGUUCAUUAAAUUAAACGACGCUGACAGAAUGCUUGUAGCAUUUUUGCAAUUUGCUCCACUAUUUUCGCUAUUAAAGGAGGUUUAUGUGUUAACGUUCGUAGUGUGCUUGUAAACUUGUUAGACUUUUUUUUAUAAAACAUUACCCCAAAUUACAACUUUGGUUAUACGAACUUCGCAAUAUUGUUACGUCAUCAUGCAGUCGAUCGGUACGCAGUUGGGCGCGAGAGCUGUAAAAUGUGUUCCACCAUUUACAUUUUGAGCUGCAGUAUAGCCACCUCUAGCUCUUGUUUUUUUUUUGUGCGUGAUACGUUGUCAUUCGUUAUUUUUUCCUUCUUUACCAUGCAAUCAUCAUCAUUAGGUUGUCGUUUUUCCUGCAAAGACUGUACUCAGAUUUGUAAAUUGUUGAUUAUUUUGUAAGACGGUUGAUUUGCAUUCGGUUUCCCCAACAUGGUUAACUGCGGUCUAAAGCAGCUGCAUUCGGUUUCUGCAACUCUAAUCUGUCUGUUACUACCGCUUACUUGCCGUUGGCUGAAUUUGGUGCAUUGCUUUGUUAAAUCUUCCGUUCGCGACGAAGCGGCAGAAGGUUUGUUUGAACGUUGAAAGGACAAAAUAAAAAAAAAUAACGAUGGCCGUCAUUUCCGAGGAGGUGUGGCCGAUGGGUAGUUUCUUACCAGGGUGAACUGCUUGGAGAAGAUGAAAGGGUUUGACCGCUAAAAUUACAGAAUUGUCGUGGCUCUCAUUCUUCAUGUGUCAUGGGAUCUACAGAGCCCUUUCAGGCGCACACGUAUAAACUACUGGACAUCAAUAAAUGGUCACUUUAAUACUA